UGGGAAGGCGCGAUGCGGCCGGGCCUCACCUGGCGCGGGGCGGGGAGGGCGGAGGGAGCGCCCGGGAGCCACCCGGGCCGGGCCGGGGCCGCGCCGGCUCCCAGCCUGCGCUCCGCACCAUGAUACACUUUAUCCUGCUGUUCAGUCGGCAGGGGAAGUUAAGGCUUCAGAAAUGGUACACGACGCUACCUGAUAAAGAGAAGAAAAAGAUCAUUCGAGAAAUUGUUCAGAUUAUUUUGUCUCGCAAUCAAAAAACAAGUAGUUUUGUUGACUGGAAAGACCUCAAGCUUGUUUACAAAAGGUAUGCCAGUUUGUAUUUCUGCUGUGCAAUAGAAGACCAGGAUAAUGAGCUCCUGACACUAGAGGUUGUUCAUCGAUAUGUAGAGCUCCUGGACAAAUACUUUGGAAAUGUGUGUGAGCUGGAUAUUAUCUUUAAUUUUGAAAAAGCUUAUUUUAUUCUUGAUGAGUUUAUAAUUGGUGGAGAAGUACAAGAAACUUCAAAGAAGACCGCAGUGAAAGCCAUAGAGGACUGUGACAUGUUGCAGGAGACAGUGGAAGAAUACAUGAACAAGCCUGCAUUUUAAUGUUAAACUACCUGGAGAGAAAACUGCUGUAUACACUUCUACAAUGCACUUCCUGAAAUUGCUUCCCAAAGUGCCAGAUUCUCAGAGAAAUACCAAAAACCAAUAACUGAAGGGGUUUGUUUGUAUAAUGGUGAAGAUGAAGGUCAGCUAAUGUAGCAAAGGGUUUAACAGUUCUGUACUUUGCAUUACUUUGCAUAUGAGUUUCCCAGAGUUGUUAUUACCCUGGGUGUAGUUUUCCCUUCUCCUUGCUGGACUGAACUCUUGUUUUUUACCAUGUCUUUUAGCUACAGAUUUUGUCAUCAUAAAAUGCUACUCUGACAGUACUUCGAAGAGAUAUUUUUACUAGUUUUGGUUCACUGCUGACUGUAUGACUCUACUUUUGUACAAAUGUCCAUUAUUUUGAAUGUAAGGAUUAUCCUACUCUAAUAAUAAUUUUUUUUUCUAAAAGCCAAA